AUGCCCAAGAUGGUUCAGAAGUUCACCCUUCUCGUCGGCCUUGCUGCCUCCCUCGCCUCUGCCCAGCAGAUUGGCACCUUCGUCCCCGAGUCUCACCCCAAGUUGCCCAUCAAGAAGUGCACUCUCGCCGGUGGUUGCCAGACCGUCAAUACCUUGAUCACCAUCGAUGCCUUCCAGCGCCCCCUCCACAAGAUCGGUGACCCUUCCACGCCCUGCAUCGUUGGCGGUCCUCUGUGCCCCGACGCCGAGACCUGCGCUGCCAACUGCGCCCUCGAGGGUGUUGACUAUGCUUCCUGGGGUAUCAGGACCGAGGGAGAUGCCUUAACUCUCAACCAGUGGAUGCCCGACCCGGCGAACCCCGGCCAGUACAAGACCACCACUCCCCGUACCUACCUCAUGGCCGAGGAUGGCAAGAACUAUGAGGACGUCAAGCUCCUGGCCAAGGAGAUCACCUUCGACGCCGAUGUCAGCCACCUCCCCUGCGGCAUGAACGGUGCCUUCUACCUCAGCGAGAUGUUGAUGGAUGGUGGACGUGGUGACCUCAACCCCGCUGGUGCCGAGUAUGGUACCGGCUACUGUGACGCUCAGUGCUUCAAGCUGGAUUUCAUCAACGGCGAGGCCAACGUCAACAACACCCACGGCGCCUGCUGCAACGAGAUGGACAUCUUCGAGUCCAACUCCGCCGCCAAGACCUUCGUCCCCCACCCCUGCAACAUCACCCAAGUCUACAAGUGCACCGGCGAAGACGAGUGCGGCCAGCCUGUCGGCGUCUGCGACAAGUGGGGAUGCGGCUUCAACGAGUACAAAUGGGGCGUUGAAGACUUCUACGGCCGCGGUUCCGACAAGAAGGUCGAUUCCACAAAGAAAUUCACCGUCACCACCCAGUUCCUGACCGACAACGGCCGCGAGGACGGCGUCCUUGUUGAGAUCCGCCGCCUGUAUCACCAGGACGGCAAGCUGAUUAAGAAUGCCGUCAUCCAGGUUGAGGAAGGCUUCUCCACUGAUUCUGUGAGCACCGAGUUCUGCGAGAAGACGGCUUCUUUCACCAUGCAGCGCGGUGGACUCAAGGCUAUGGGCGAGGCCAUCGGUCGCGGCAUGGUGCUGGUUUUCAGCAUCUGGGCUGAUGAUUCGGGCUUCAUGAACUGGUUGGAUGCUGAGGGCAAUGGUCCUUGCAGCGCCACUGAGGGCGACCCCAAGGAGAUUGUCAAGAACAAGCCUGAUGCUAGGGUCACAUUCUCUAACAUCAGGUGGGGUGAGGUUGGCAGCACUUAUGCCCCUGGUGGAAAGUGCGGUGUUAAGUCGAGCAGGGUUGCGAGGGGGCUGAGUGCUUAG